CGGAAGCAGCGGACGGCCAGGUCCAGGUCGACGCGCUCCAGCCGCUCGCGGUCCAGCCGGUCUCGCGACGCGGACACGCGGUCGCGGUCCAGGCACAAGCACUCCAGGAAGCACAAGCGGCGGCGCCGGCACCACCGCAGCAGCGCGCCGCUCAUGCUCAACGUGGACUCGACGGCGUGCUCGGCGGGCCCCGUUAGCCCGCGCGUCAACCCCGUGUUCCUCUGGGUGAAGCAGGAGGAGUGCCGCAUCCUGUCCGUGGUGUGCGAGGACUACGACCGGCGCAACAGGAUCACGCUCACCAAGACCAACAACGGGUGGCGGGCCAUCCCCAAGACGGAGCGCUUCUCCGCCGUGCUGGGCCCCCGACAGCGGCCCUCCGUGGAGGACGAGGCGCCCACGGCGUCGUCCGAGGCGGACGGCGAGGAGGACGACGAGGACGUCCCGGAGGCGGACGCCGAGUCCGGGCCGGACCCAGCCUGCUCGCCGGCCGGCGUGCACCCAGUAGAGGAGGUGGACGAAGUGGACGACCGCGGCACCGACGGUGGCACCGACGGUGGCACGGACGCCAGCGAGGAGAGCAAAGAAGAGCCAAAGCAACAGACUGAUCAAAGUCCCGCCCCAAGUCUAGUCGCAAGAGACUCCGCAGACGAAGACAAGUCCGAAGGCGCGCUGGAGGACGCGUCAGAGGACGCUUCCGAGGACAAGGACAAGAGCACCAAAGAAACCGACGAGGAGAGGGCGGGGGCGGAGAUGCUGGACGAGCUCUGCAAGGAGGCCGUCGAGAGGAUGGAGGAGUCUUGCCAGCAGGCGGCAGCCUUGAUGGAGUCCUGCACGGCGGCCGAAGAGAUGUUGGAGGAACCCAGCAGAGUCGUCGACGAGCCGACGGAAGAAACCGGCAAGGCUGUGGACUGCGAAUCGGAAGAAAAGCCCAGCGAGGAGAUGGGCGAGAGCAUGGAGGAGUCCUGCAGUGCAGCAGUAGAGGGGAAGGAGGCGGCCGACAAGGAGGACACGCCCUGCCAAGAGGAGAAGGCCCACGAGCCCUGCCACGACACGUCGGAGAGCCUGGAGGAGUCCCGCAAGGACGCUGAGGAGAUCAUGGCGGAGCUCUGCAAGGAGCUGGCGGAGAGGAAGGAGAAGUCCUGCAAGGAGGCGCCCUUGGCCUCUGGCGGCGAUGCCCCUCAGGACUCCAAGGAGGCGGAGACGAAGCAGGAGAAGGCUGCCAGCAGGCCGUGCUCCGUGUACGACCUCCUCAACCUGGACGAGAGCGAGCACGUGGUGCGCCUGCCGGCCGACCUGGAAGUGUCCCUGGUAGGCGGCGCGCCCAGCCCCAAGCCCUCGCCCAAGCAAUCGCCAAGGCCUUCGCCCAGACCGUCCUCGAGGCCGUCCUGCAGCCCGGAGCCCAUCCGGCUGGGUGCCACCACCACCAUCACCCCCAUCAGCGAGCCCAAGCAGCACAAGUUCCUGGAGUCGCUGCUCGCGUCGCCCAGGAAGUCCGACCUGGAGCAGGACCUGCCGCUGGACCUGGGCGUGACCAAGGAGAAGCACGACAAGCUGGACAGGCUGGACAAGCCGGACAAGCUGGACCACGACGAGGCCCCGCCCGCCAAGAAGCCCAAGCUGGACGACCUGACGCUGCGGCACCUGCUGAACCGACUGCCCGGCACGGAGGUGGACGCGGUGGACGCGCCGCAGCACGACGUGAAGCGCGACAAGCUGGACAAGCUGGACAAGGCCGAGAAGGUCGAGAAGGCCGACAAGAAGAGCAGCAAGUCGCGACUCCUGGAGCUGCUCACCGUGCCCGAGACGGAGCUGGACCCGCUGGCACAACUCAAGCGCGUGCUCUCCGACCCCGACCUGGUGGUGCCCGACCCCCUGCUCGUGCCGCGCGCCCGCCUGCAGGCCCUCGUCACCAGCCCGGCGCAGGAGAUCCCCCGCCUGCUCGCCCAGGGCCACAAGCCCCCCGUGCCGCACGCCGCGCCCAGCCUGGACGGCGACCUGUGCGUCGUGUCGCUGUCCCACCUGCAGUCGCUGCUGCAGCCCGAGAGCAAGCAGGCCCUGGCCGUGGAGGAGUACCAGCGGCAGUUGCUGGAGGCGCAGAUGCUGUGGCUGCCGUACCUGGAGGCGGCCUACGCCUACCCCGGCGGCUACCUGCCCGGCUACGACUACAAGUCCCAGAUGGAGCUGCAGAGCACGCUGGCCGCGGCCUGGCAGGAGACGAUGCUCAAGGGCGGCGGCCUGGACGCCUUCAUGAACAACAACAACUACAAGAAGGCCGCGCCGCCGCCGGCUAAGGCUCCGAGGAAGGCGUCGUCCCCCAUGCCGCACGUGGCCACGCCGCGCCACCUGAGCGCCGCCUACGACAAGCCCGCCGCCUGCAAGUACCCGCCGUCGCUGUCCUCGCCCACGGGCUACUCGGCGUCCAUGCCGCCGCCACCACCGCAGCACCGCACGUCGCGGCCCGUGCCCGCCGCACUGCCCAUCAACAACAACAACAACAACAACCUGUUCGCCGCGCCGCAGCGGCCCUACCAGUACCAGCAGCAGCAGCAGCAGCGCCGCGAGCUGGAGAAGCAGCACCGGCGCGAGUACGAGAAGCAGCAGCAGCAGCGGCGGGACUACGAGAAGCAGCAGCAGCAACAGCGAGAGUACGAGAAGCAGCAGCAGCAGCAGCGCGAGUACGAGAAGCAGCAGGAGUACCACCAGCAGCUCAUCCUGCUGCAGCAGCUCGCGCUGCCGGGCGCCCCCGUGCUCGACCUGUCCGGGAACAGGCGGCCGUCGGGCGAGUUCACCCCGGAGUGGGACGCCGGUCGCCACCAGCUGCCGCCGCCGCAGCAGCCCGACGAGAGGAAGAGGCCCUUCGCCAAGCUCAAGGUGAAGAACCUGGUGGACCCCAACGCCCAGCACCGCCUCCUCAAACUGGAUACGCCAGUGGCGCCGCCGCCCGCAGCGCCGCCCGACGACGUCGCCGGCAACCAUCUGUGGCACCCACUGUUCAGCAGCCAGAAGAGUUACAACAGCCCCUGGCAGUGGACGACGGUGACCGUGAACGGGGAGUAGGGAGCGAGGCCCCGACCAGGGUCCCGACCCAGCACUGAGGCUGUACAAAUCAUCUAUAUCAUUCAUUUUGUAACAUAAGAUUGCAUUGUACAUUCAUAUAUUUUGUCAUAUGAAAUGAUUGUAUUUACCACGUUACCAAACAACCAAAACAAAUCGAAAGGAAAUAUUUUCCUGAAAAUGACAUUGGUUCAGGGCAAACCGGGCCGACGAAUUUUUUGUGCAUUCGUGCAUUCGUGAAAUUGGACUAGAUGUCCAUGCUUUCCCGAGGUAGCGUGGUAUUAGGGGUACAUUUGUGGGAUGCCUCUUCAACAAUGACUGCUCUGACUAAAAUAUCAAACUUCUAGUCGUUAAAUUUGGAUCAUAGCGAAUAUGAAAGAGGAUUGUUUUGUUUCUGCGUGUGAACUAUUGCGGAUGCCUUAUUGUUAAAUCCUGGAUCCGCGCUACUCUUAAAAAUAAACCAAUGCAGAUGGACAUUCUUAGUAUUCGAGAUUGUGGAGUCACAGUAUUUAUAGGAUAAAUGCCAUUGUGAUAGUCACCAAUGCUGUAUGAUUGUAGCUUCUCUGAGCGAGUUUUCUGGCCAGAAAGGCCGAUUCGCGUUCAGAGUCGUUUCAUGUACAAACUUGAUAAGUAAAUCUAGAUUUUAAGUAUAGAAAAUGAGCAGAGUCACACAGUGUGUGAGACGGAGUUUGCUAGUAUGUUGUACGAAUUGUUUCCCAGUUCAGUCUUUUGAAGACUGACUGAUGUAGGGAUGGAAGAGUUAAUUCACGACUGAGAAUCAUGGAUUGAUCAUCAUAUUUAAGUCAUAUCUUAUUACAUAAAACUAUGUAGCCUGUUCGAUUUUCCUGAAAAAAUCACUUCUUUAGAGGUGCCUUUACUGUAAUAGGGUAGACGAGUUCCAGACGAGCGUCGUUGUUACAGAACUAUUUUUAAUGUUUCGUAGGAUGGCGAUGAUUGUCGUGACUGUCCUUUAAUCAAUUCCGACGCAACUUUCCCGAGUUGUGUGACAUUCCAACGUGCCUUUCUCAUGCACAAGUCCGAGCGCCUAGCUCAGCCUAGCUCAGCCUAGCUCAGCCUAGCUCAGCCUAGCAGCGCCUGGCCCCCGCAUCAGUGCGACAGAGAGGGAGGCGCGAGGGGCGCAGGGUGGACAUUGCGAAGUGGAGCGGGCGGAGAGGGCCCCUGGCCCCCCUGGCGCAUAGGCGCAGACCUCGCGGACCUCGCAGACCCCGGCCCUGUUGGCGUAUCGGGGUCAAACUUCCAUGGCCCGCCCAGAGGUGGCGCCACUUUCUCGCCCAGCCUGGCGCAGCCCCUCCCCUCCCCGCACCGCCACUAGCUUUCCCAGGAGCGCUGCUCUCUGUUUAUACACCGAGAUUAUUGUCUCCGCGCUGCCCUACUUCCACUAGUUACACUAGAUACACUAGUUUCCCCGUACAAACGCCAUCGGGCCUUUCGGGCGCCACAUUCACCUUCGUGGCGGACGACGACCUGCCGGUGAACGAGGCUAGACAAUCUCUUCGGCACAUUAGAGCUGCAACUGCAUUUCAAAAACCACUUAUUACGCUUAGCUGGACUAUACUUCAUAGUUGAACGUUUUGUGUGUGUGCUAGUCAGGAGUGUGUAUCUCCGUCGGUGACUUUACUGAUCCACGACUUACUACCGGAAAAUACACAUAGAUUAAAUGUAAUCGUUGUCGGACACCAUGUGUAUUUCUUUGUAUUAUGUUUGUAUCAGUGCCAUUGCGACUCGAUUUUCUUGAUCAUAUCAGCGGGACCACUUUAAUGUGCUAAUGUGUCUCGCGUUUGGCCCAAUGUAUACUUCAUACACUUAUGGACACUAGGUCCAGUUGUGUGUAGCAGAGACAAACUCUCUUCUGGUAGAGAUAAUAAACUAUUUAUCUGGCCAUACAUGUUUUACUCUGGUUUGUGUGAUUGUUUCGCCUGCUUUUCAAAUUAUCUUCUUAGAUAGGAAAGUAGGACAAAUGGAUGGAAAAUUGUCAUUCCAGUAGAGGCAAAACCUGUCCAAGAUUCCGCAAUCCAGCAUUCGUUCCAGUACGGAAUUUGCCGAUAGUGAGAUAGCAGAAAAAGCCUGCUUGCCAUUUUAGCUUUCUGAACUUGGAAACAAUUUUACAACAAUAAUUGUUUCUUUUGUGUUAAACACAAGCCUAUUGUAUACUUUAUGGAAAUGUUUCAUUUGAAUUAUUUGUACUUUAUUAAUUUAUUAUUAUGUUUAUUUUUUCUUGUCAGAUUUCUUCGUUUAUAUUGAUGUGUAAAGUGUUGUACAAUGUAUAUUAAUGUCUUGUUGGAUGAAAUACCGUUUGUUAUAUUAGUUAGAAACAGCUGGCACAGUUCCUGUCCAUUUCCUUCUGCACAGUGAUGGUAAAGAAACAUGAUUGUGGUCAGGGUUUGAAGAUGUUCCUUCUGAGAGUUAUAUCAAAUUCAAAGCUUUAUGUAUGCUUUAAUAGUACAAUUUCCUAUCCUCUUAAUUCGCAUAAACGUCUUUGAAUCAAAUUAUGGUCGAUGAUUGGAGGAAUUUUCACCUUCAAGUCCUGAAAAGGAGGGAAUUACGUGAAAAUUAAAAGUGUCAAGAGUUUAUAAAUCGAAUGCGAUGUAAAGAGUGCCUAUUGAAAACCUUCAGAUCGUUGAAUGCGUAAUUCAAGAAAGACAAUAAUUUAUGAAUGUUGAGAAUCUUGCAGAUGAUGAUGUGCGCGCAAGUAUGGUGUGUGUUCUCCUCUUUGUUGACUCUCAGGAAAAUCCUAAAAGCUGUGAUUCUGUAUGUUAAUUUGGUACCGUACUAAAGUUUUAUUAUUUGUCUUUGGUUGGGACGAUCAAACAAAAGUAUUCGUGUGAAACCUGUUCAAGCAGUUGUGUCAUGGCAUACUUAUUUUCGGUCGUAACUGCAAGGAUUCUUGUGCAAGAGCGUGUGUAUCUUGUGCUGAGGGAAAUACAAAAGAUAAAGAUAA